UUGAGUUGGUACAGCGUAGUGGAGCUCUUGGUCUCUCUUGCGCUCUUUCUCUCUCUCAGCUCACUUCAAAUUGGCAUUUCCAGCAAAAGGUUUUUAGGCUCGUUGCCCCCAACGGUGCCACGCUCGGAUUAGUCUUGAGUAGUUGAUCGUCGUAAACACACCUGUAGAAAGUCGUAACGGUCGUAACGUCACGUUGAGCAACCAUACGGACGGUUUGGGUUUUGCUCCGUUUUUAUUGUUGUUUUUUUUUUUUUUGAAUGUGCUACGCUCUUUUUUCUUACAAUACGUACGUUUGAAUAUCGGUUUGUUCAAACACAGACGCGUUCAGCAAUACAUAAAAGCGACUACAAAAUAUAUAUACUGUGUAUGUUAAUAACUUGGCCAUGUCAAUGACGCGACGGUGAGCGCCAUAAGGUCAAAAACGCGCGCGAAAGUCAAGUGCUAACCAAAUAAAAAAUGCCAACCGAAAAUACAAUGCUAGAGGACCGUCCUGGUGGCGGUGCAAUGACUAUGUCGCGCCCCAGUCGGCUGGAACAAUUCUUGCAAGCGCCAGGCGGCGCGUCGGAGCAACGCAGCGCCUCUAGCGGACGUGUGCCUGGUGGUGCGGCUGCAGCCGCUGCCGCCGCAGCUGCUUAUGAAACACAACUCGCCUAUCAGCAUCACUUAGUGGCAGCUGGCUUAAUGGGCGCGGGUGGUGGGGCGGCAAACGCGCAAGCGGCGCAUUCCGCCUUCGUGCCAGUGCUGCCAUCACGUAACGCAAUGCGCGCGCCAGGCGCUGCCGCCAUUUAUGGUGGCAUGCUGGACGCCGAAGUGGCCAAGGAGGCGAGUAAACGACAUGGCAGUAAUACUAAUUUCGAGAUCAUCUCUAUGAUGGCGGAUAAACGGAAGGAGUUGGCUUUACGUGAGGCUGCCGCGGCGGCAAUGCUGAUGCAACGACCACCUGGACAGGGCCCACCACCGGGUGUGCCUACUGCUGUUAUGUAUCCACCACCACCGUACUUGGGCGGACCAGGUCCGUCACCGACUGGCGCCGGCACAUUCGCCUUUCCAUCGGCAGCCGCAACGGCAGCGUUGUUUCCCGCUGGGCUGCCACCAACUAUGCACGCCGGUUUGGAUCGCCGUUUGUUGCGCGCACCGGGACGUGCAUCACGUCCGAAGAAGCAGUUCAUUUGCAAAUUCUGUAAUCGUCAGUUCACCAAGUCCUACAAUCUGCUCAUACACGAGCGCACACACACCGAUGAGCGGCCGUAUUCGUGUGACAUAUGUGGCAAGGCGUUUCGCCGGCAGGAUCAUUUGCGCGAUCACAGGUACAUACACUCCAAGGAGAAGCCAUUCAAAUGUACCGAAUGCGGCAAGGGUUUCUGCCAAUCGCGCACACUCGCCGUCCACAAGAUCCUACACAUGGAAGAGUCGCCGCACAAGUGCCCCGUCUGCAGUCGCAGCUUCAAUCAGCGCUCCAAUUUGAAAACGCACCUGCUCACGCAUACCGAUCACAAGCCGUACGAGUGCUCUUCGUGCGGCAAAGUAUUCCGUCGUAAUUGCGAUCUGCGCCGGCAUGCGCUCACACAUGCGGUCGGUGAUGUGCCGUCCGAAUAUGUGGAUGUGGGCGAAGAAGAUGAAGGCCGACAUUUGAGUGGUGAUGAAGAGGACACACUGCUGGAGGUGGAUUCACCGCGACAAUCGCCGAUACACCGCUUACAUAGCGGUACGCCAACACGAGAGCUCGGUGGUGCAUCGAAUGCAGAAAAGGCUGGAGGAGAGGCGCGCGCAGCAGCGCGUAUGCGUCUCAAGCGGAAGGCUUGUUAUGAUGCCGCAGAAAUUUCUGAUGAAUCCGAAGAAGAGUUAGACGAAGAUGAUGAAUUGGAUGAGGCCGAGCUAGAUGAUGCAGAGGCGGAGUUGGGUGAAGAUGAUGAUGAAGACGAAACAGUGCAGCAUAUGCCAAAAGUUGGUCUACUAGAACCGCGACCAACUGGGCAGGGUGUGACACAUUGUCAUCACGAAGGCGGUGAAACGUACACAAUGCGUCCGACGCAUGAAAUGCGAGACUUACAUGAUCCAACGCACGCCAGCGACUCGCCGCACACUUUCAACGCACCGCCAACCGGUUCCGCUUUCAUGCCGUCUUCACCGAGCGCACGUUAUAAUCCAAUGCGCGCGCUACCCGGCGCUGGUGAAUCCAUACAUUCGCCAUCAACUUCUAAUGGACCGGAACCUUAUAUACCCAUGUUACAUGUGCGCAGAGAUCUCCAUCCGAAAGCGUUACUAUUGAACGCCGCCGAAAUGAAAGGUGCAAAUAUAAUGCCGCCAGGCAUAUUGGUGGGCGCAACUGGGAUACCUACAACAGCACAAGCACCACCAAACGCGCCAACAAUCGCAAUACCACCAGUUUUAACACAGGCGACACAACCAGCCGGCGUUGCGCCAACAGCGCCACCGCCACCUUUACCGCCGCUCUUAGAUACCGGCAAGAAUUUACAACAACCGCUGCACUCACCGCUCGAAUCGAUGCCCAGUUUCCUGGGCUCCAUACCGAUACGCAAGCGUAUAGUGGGACUUGAACAAAUGGCCGACGCGCAGCGCGUCUACAACGCGCACACACAAAACGCCAGUCUGAUGGCGCUCAAUAUGACGCGCACGCAUGCCGCGUUGAAAGCGGCACCGCCGCCGCAACACACUUUACUGCCGGGUAAAGCAUAUAUGUCUGUGAAUCAAGCACCGUUGUUAUGUGAGUCUAAAUCUAUGCUUGCUGGCAGCGGUGGCGGCGGCAUGACAGUUAGUAGCGCCACGCUUGCAAAUACAGCGACGCUGAUGAGUAGAGCGGAGGCAGUGGGGUUAGCGCCAUUAACGAGCGCCAGCAGUAGCAGCAGUGAGCGUCAUUACUUAUUGCCAUCUAAUGGCGCAGUUAAUUUGAAUACUCAGGAGCCGUUGAGUGCACGCCCAGUACUAUCACCAGGCGCUAUGCAACCGCAGCAGCAGCCGCCGCAACAACAACAGCCAGCGCCACCACCUACGCGCCGCACAGGCUUUAGCAUAGAGGAUAUAAUGCGGCGCUGAGUCUGAGACAUUCCUACAUUUCACUUAUUAUGGUUUCGCUAAGAUUUUUAAGAUAUUUCGCUGUAAAAUUUAUGUUUAAAUAGUUGAUAAAAAUACAUUUAAUAUCCUCAAGUGCCUUCUCAUAUGCUAUGUACGUAUAUUCUAGUGCUUCAAAGCCAUGCUAUGUAUACUUAAGUUAUCUAUACAUAAUUUAAUUAGUGUCUUCGCUUAGCUUAAGUUGCUUAUAGCUGUACUUUUAUGCAAAACAAUUUAGCUUUUUAUUUGUAAAAUUUUCUUAUUUUUUUUCAAAUAUUAUUUUUAUAAUUACAAUUUUAUAAACAUACACAAACAUGAUAAAUAUAGUAUAUAUGUAAAAUUGCUUUAAGUUCAGUUUUAAAUAUCAUAAGUUAUUAAUUUAAAUAGUUCAGUUAUUUUUAUAUGUAUGUAUGUCUUACACAACUUGCCGGGCACUUAGUGCUCUUAAAUGAGUUACGUAUGUAUGUAUGCAUAAAAUAUUUUAUAUAUAAGUAAUAAGUAAUAAGAAUACUUAAUAAAAUGUUAAAAAAAAAGUAAUAAAAUUGUAUAAUGUGUGGAGCAGCGCUUUCUUUAAAGAUAUGUUAGUUUUGCGGUGGAUCUUAUGUAACUGUUUGAGCUGAGAGUUUUUACUAUUAAGGCCGUUAAUUUCAUUGGAAAUAUGAGGCAGAAUACUUUUUAAAAUAAUGAUAAUAAAUAGACAUACAUAUAUUUGAUAUAAACUUUGUGCUACCAAACAGGAAAAUCAAUAUACAGUUUUACAAAGCCUGCAACCUCUCUACUAGCGGAUCCCUAGUAUUCCUUCUUAAGAUAAGACGACUCAUUUUUUAAGAUUAAAACACAAUAUACAUGUCUAUAAAAUCAAUAUCUGUAGAUUUCAUUCAAAAAUUGAAUUUCGGUACUAAUAUUGCCAAUCCCGAAAUUUCGGGAUUUUUUCGGGAUUAUAUAUUUUUUUUUUCAUAUUAUGUCAUAUACAUGCCUAUAAAAUCAAAUUCUGUAAAUUUUAUGUAAAAUAAAAAUUUCGGAAUUUUUUCGGGAUUCAAAUAUAUUUACAUGUCGAUUCAAAAAGUUUAAAAAUAUCAGGGAAACUGUUUUUGUAUAUGAAAUAAAAAGAAAAUAGGGACUUGAGAUGUCGCAAAAAUAAUUUAACCUCAUAAAUUAAGCUCAAAACUUGCAAUUUCUUAGUUAGGUAAGAUUGCGAAUAAUGGCUAAUAAACAAUUUAUCAAUCGAUGGAAAAUUAAGAUUCUUUCAAAAUGCUUCAAUAUAUCUUUAUUAGCUGUAAA